UGCAGUUUAUGUGUGUUUGCGUGUCGCCACCGCUCGGCCGUAAAUUAAUAUCCAGAAUUAAUGUGUGUUUAUUUUUAAGAUCAUUCGACCAGAUGGACCGACAGACAGCUCCGACACGUCUCGCAAACCACGGAGUACAUUUUGUUUACUUUUUUUUGCGUUUUGCGUUGGUUUCUCUCAUUCGUCCAGCGUGCAUAAAAAAACGGGGUUCGCGAUCACACACAGUUCGAUGCCGCAACGGCCGCUCUCUCGCGGUUUUAUUAUGGUUUCUCUCUCUCUCUCGCGCGCGCGCCCACCCCCAACUUAGGGGAUGUUUGUUCGCGCGUCGUUCAUUGCGCUUGUAUUUCAAAGUUUUAAACAGCUCGGUGUAGUUUGAUCCAGGCGCAUACGCGGUUCGUUAGCUCGUUGCUAUGGCUUCCGUAUCCGGCAUACUGUGCUGAAGUCAAGGGAAAUAUCGUCAUGACGGUAUGUGACAUCUCCGGUUCAAGGUAAAAAGGAAUCGGCCCUCCAGAACCGGUUUGUCUCAAAAAUAAGUGCGAUCGCCUGUUAUUCAUAUCCGUGUGUUACCAACAUGAUUCAUUCGAACGUGCCCAUACGAUGCUGUGUUUUGAUGAGAUCAUAAGUUACUCGCCGAAGCAUACGCAAUGAGGUAAUGCGUUAUUUCUAAGUCACAGAGGAAUGCAUAGUUUAAAUCCGUACGACCAUCAAGGACGGGCCAGUUUUAAUUUAUUCAUGGUGUGCAGCUGUGUUUAUUGUUGAUUUAGCAGGCUGUGCUGAAUAAUACGAAAACAGGAAAAAUCAAACCGUUCGGCUGUAUUCGUUUUGCUCGCACUAAUUCAAAGCUUGCUAGUAGAGUGAAAAUUGUACGGCACACGACUGGAUCAUGACCGUUCUGUGCUCUCAUCAUCGGAUAGUUGAAAGGGAACCGUCCAAAGUUAAUCCCCGCUGGAAAUCAUGUACCGUAUUCUCACUGCUGCUGAUAGUUUCCUCGUGUUUGGUGGUUAGUUUCAGUCUGCAUGGGUUAAUUGCAGACUACAAAAAUCAUUGCUUGCUUAAAGCAAACUUACAUAUCGUUGCGAAAACAGGCGACAAUGGAACCAUUCCCACCGGAGCGAACCAAACGGAUGUUCAGUAUGGAAUUGACGAAUAUUGGACCAACUGGAACAGUGGAACCUAUUGCGACACACUGAAAAAUAUGCCACUCUUUCAGGGAAUAUGUUGCACUAUAUGGCUAGCGAUUUUCCUCAUUCACGGUCCAGGAGGAAUUCUACCACAACCGUGGCGUAUAGUGUUUCCAUCUCUCAUAUUUUUCCUGGGCUGCCUAAUAGUGUCCCUGCUAACGGCAAGCUUCAUUACCCAGGGACUUACCCAUCUGUGUGCCGAAUUUCAGAAAGUGGACUCACUUCAAGGUCUUAGCUGUGCGCGGUUAAUCGUUUACUUUUCAUUAGUUCAGGAAAACACAACGGCAGUGCAGGUGGAUAAGAACUAUUUCCUAACGCUUGUCUUUUCCUGGGUAUGGUUCGGUGCUACCGUGUUUGGAUUCUGCAUAAUACUCCUCCGGAUCCCCUCCAUCAACAUGACGUACAACUUGGAUGAAUUAAAGAAACGUUCCGCGGUAGCGAAUACCUCACACAACAUUCGCAACAAUCUACAACCCGCGCCCAAACAUGAAAAAGUGCCGGAAUCAUCAAAAAACAUCACGGACAUCACCCGUACCCAUCGGACAGCGUACGUAAUCUUCUUCUCGCUGCUGCUGGAUCUGCUUGCGUUCACGAUGAUACUGCCGCUGCUUCCAUCCCUGCUCGAGUAUUAUCGGAAGAAUGAUAACCAGCUGUACGGCUAUCUGGCGAACAGUAUUAAGCAGUUCCAGGUGUGGAUCGGUGCCCCGGAACGGUUCACCAGCGUCCUGUUCGGCGGUGCGCUCGGAUCCAUGUUUAGUUUCCUCCAGUUCUUGAGCAGCCCGAUCGUCGGAGCGCUGUCCGAUUAUUACGGUCGUAAACCGCUCAUGCUACUGUGCGCGACCGGCAUUGCAGCGUCGUACGGAAUUUGGGCCUACUCGGAAUCAUUCCUGCUGUUUGUGAUCGCACGUUUCGUCGGUGGGAUCAGCAAGGGCAAUGUUUCGCUCUGUAUGGCCGUAAUAACGGAUGUUUCCAACCAGCAGAACCGUGGCAAAGCGAUGGCUCUGGUAGGGAUAGCGUUUUCGCUCGGUUUUAUAGCGGGUCCAAUGAUCGGUGCUAUGUUUUCACGCUUUUCGGACAAAACGGGUACGCUGUGGUUUUUCGCACCGGCCAUGUUUGCGAUGCUGCUGGCCGUUGCCGACAUUCUGUUUCUGGCGGUGUGUAUGAAGGAAACACUGCCGAAGGAGAAGCGAUCGAACCGUAUCAUCAAUUCGUUGUCGCAUGCUAUCGAUCAUAUCAGUAUUAGAGCGUUGUUUCGCUUUUCCGCGGUGGAAAAUCUUUCCCAGAAGGAUGUGCGCUCUCUACGGAGUUUGGGCGUAACGUACUUUCUGUACCUAUUUCUGUACUCUGGCCUUGAGUUUACGGUGACAUUUUUGAUGUACCACAAAUUUGGCUACACAUCGAUCGAUCAAGCGAAAGUGUUCCUCACCACAGGAGUGCUAAUGGCAUUACUGCAGGGUUCGGUUGUGCGCCGACUGCCCGAUCGGUUGGUUAAAACUUCCGCAGUAUUUGGACUGUAUUUAAUCAUCCCGGCCUUCAUCAUUGUCGGUUUGGCGGAGUCUUCCCUUAUGCUUUACUUGGGCAUGAUUUUAUUUGCCAUCUCAACCGCCUUCGUUGUAACGUGCAUGACCACAAUCACAUCAAAGUACGGUGAUUUCCAUCAGAAAGGUACCGUGCUGGGAGUGUUUCGAUCACUGGGAGCGCUUGCACGUGCGGUCGGUCCGAUUGUUGCGUCCGUAGCGUUCUGGGGUGUAGGUGCACGGGUCACUUACAUUGCCGGAGGUAUGCUGCUACUGUGGCCCGCACUAAUGCUGCAGUACUUAAAGCUGUGAAUUGUGUGAAAUCCCACCGUAAUUGCUGGUUGUCUUUUUUCCGUCUUUUGUAUUGUUAUAUUAUACAUAUAUUUAUGAAACAAAUUAUCCUUAUUGAUAUUCUUACAGUAUUCUGUAAAAUUCCUUAUCGACAUGCUUUUAUGUAAAAACAAAAGUCUUGUUGAGGUUUCGAAUCUCCGAUGUAUUCGGGAAGUAUUUUUCUAAAAAAAACAUUAUUAGAUUCUGUAUCGUAAGAAGAUAAUGUAGAACAGCAAAUGUUAGGCAACACAGAGAGGAAUAAAACAGUAUUCAAUGGAUUAGUUAAAGAAAGUGUUGAAUUUAAAAGGACAGAAACUAUAGCAAUAUUGUAAAGAAAAAGAUUAGCAAUGUACAGUACUAAUCAACACCGGCGAUCAUCAUAAAAAGUUUACAUUGAUAAAGCAACACUUCGAAAAGAUACAUUUGAA